GCUAGUAUUCCUGUAUGGAGGUAGUUUCCCUUCGGGAAGACGGUUUUAACCACAUAGAUGUUACUAUUAUAUUUCUGACAACUACGACGACGACAGCAAAGAUGUUUCUGAGAUGUCUUCCCCUCGUAGCUUAGAGGACCCUGCAACGCAGCAGUCUCCACGAGAACGGCUUUGCUGAGAUUUCGAGAGAUACGUAGUGGGAAAAAGGAGAAUUUCCAGGAAUCAUUAACCGAAAUAAAGUGAAUUUUCAUUACGCAGUAAGCCUGUUGUGAUGACCGAAGAUCGUGUGGUUGGCAAAGUGUCUGUGGCCCUCUGUGGUGUGUGCUGCCGGCCCAUCUGCGAUCGCUACAUCAUGAGAGUGGUGGAUGUGUCCUACCACGAGCGCUGCCUGCAGUGCUGCAUAUGUGGAGCGCGCCUCGCCCACACGUGCUUCACCCGCGACUCCAAACUCUACUGCCGUCUCGACUACGACAGAAUGUAUGUGAAGAAGUGCCUGGGAUGUUCGGAGCGCAUCGGCCCCUCGGAGUACGUGAUGAGAGCUCUGGACAGCGUGUUCCAUGUCACGUGCUUUGUAUGUGUGGUGUGCGGGGUUCGACUCACGAAGGGGAGCGAGUUUGUCAUCAAACAGGGUCAGCUGUUUUGCCUCCCGGACUACGAGAAGGAAGUGGAAAUGCUGCAGGGGUACGCCCAAGGCGAAUAUUCGUGUGACGAUCUGGUGCCGGCCGCCAGAGCGCAGGACGGUCGUCGAGGUCCAAAACGCCCACGAACCAUCCUGACCACACAACAACGUCGUGCCUUCAAGGCCUCCUUCGAGAUAAGCCCGAAACCUUGUCGCAAAGUGAGAGAAGCCUUGGCCAAGGAGACUGGCCUGAGCGUACGAAUCGUCCAGGUGUGGUUCCAAAAUCAAAGAGCCAAGAUGAAGAAGAUACAGAAGAAAGCAAGACAAGAGAACAAAAGCAACAAAGACGAUGAAUGUAGUGAUGAAAAGAACCAAAAGACGAAGGUUAAAGAAGAAGACCAAAGUCCGCCAGGGGCUGCUUCUUUCCUCAACGACAGCUGUAGCGACACGGAGCACGGAAGUUUGCACGGAGGCCCCGGGCUGGAUGGCUACCACCCUCAUACCCACCCCCAACAACCCGCACCCGGCGACCAGCUUCCUGACGACCACCACCACCGACACCAUUUUCUGCCCAUCAAGGAAGAGAUUCUGGAAAAUGAGGACACGACUUUCUACAGCAACAAGAGCACGGGGAUGAGUGACCACCAACACCCAGUACAGGACUUCAACUCAGGGGACAGUCAACACGAAGGCAGUAAAAUGGACAACGGGUUUAUAAGCUACCCUUACAACGGGGGUGGAGAUGCGUCACUGGAAUCCAACAACCACCAUCAUCCUCACCAUCACCACCAUCACCACCAUAACCACAUGUUUCUGCACCAACAUGCGUCAUCUCUUCAAGGUUUGAAUCCAAUCGACAGGCUGUACUCCAUGCAGACUUCCUAUUUCUGUGGAGAGGAUUCCUCUCUCGUAGAUCAAUAAUCCAUGUCUGUGUUCGUCACGUGGAAGGCGCAUCGGCUUCUCAGUUCUGAGUGGAGUCACCAUCUUCAGAUUAUUAGACGUCAUCAGAACGAGAAAUUGAUCAUCUUCUGGGCGGACAUCACAAUUAACGCGCAAAACUGGGAUAUUCUCGUCUACUUCUGCUUCUGCCUCUGCUUCUGCUGCAGUGCUCUGGCGCAGUACCGUUAAAAAUGAAUUUAUGGACGAAAGUAAAAGAUGAAUAUGAGAAAAACUUGAAUAUGUAAUGUUAAAAUCCUUGGAAACUCUGUAGUUACUCUGAAUAUUUGUACUGAAUGCUGAGUAAAUACUUCAUACAGCUUAAUUUUUAAAAUGGUCAAUGGACGAUGGUAAUUUUUUUCCAAGUGCAAGUUGACAGUAGCUCUAUAAUAUCUUAUGAAUUUUAGAUACGUUUUCUCCAAAAGUAACAAUUCAUUUCAGGAAAGAAAUAGGACUGUAGGUACCGAUAAAGAUUGUAUAGCGAUUAAUGAACCAAUAUUCGGACUUCAUUCCAUGAAGCAGAA